AUGUUUCUCGCUUGGUACGACUUACUCCUCGCCGGUUUCGGAGUCUACUGCAUCAAGCAGCUCGUUGAUAAGAAGAAUCCUGCGCCCCUCCCGCCUGGCCCGAAGAAACUGCCGCUCUUGAGCAACCUCCUCGACAUACCCUCAGAAAAGCCUUGGCUGACUUUUGCUGACUGGGGCAAGAAGUAUGGUGACAUCUCUUGCGCAGAGGUGCUCGGGCAGCACAUGAUUAUCCUUAACUCUGUGAAUGCUGCAAUUGAGAUGCUCGACAAGAAGAGCUCCAUCUAUUCGGACCGUCCGAUGCUUCCUAUGGGCGGUGAGCUCGUUGGAUGGAAGAACACCCUUGUCCUCCUGCCCUACGGCGAUCGCUUCCGCGCCUACCGCCGCAACUUCCACCAUGCGAUUGGAAGCCGUGCUCAUAUGGAGGCUUACCACCAGGUCGAGGAAGUCGAGACCCACCGAUUCCUGCAACGUGUUCUCGCAAAGCCUUCAGAACUCUCGGCUCACGUCCGCAAGACUGCCGGUGCCAUCAUCUUGCGAAUCUCUCACGGAUACGAGGUCAAGGAACACGAGGAUCCCUUCGUCAACCUCGCGGACGAGGCCGUCGAUCAAUUCUCCAAGUCGACUGCCACCGGUGCCUUUUUGAUUGAUAUCAUCCCUGCCCUGAAGAAUGUUCCCGACUGGUUCCCCGGUGCUGACUUCAAGAUCAAGGCCCGCGAAUGGAAUGCUUGUCUCGAGAAGAUGGUGGCAGCCCCCUACGACUUCGUCAAAGAGCAAAUGGCUGCUGGAAUUGCCCCCAAGUCGUUUACGUCCAACCUUUUGGAAGGCCAGACUCUUUCUGCUGAAGAGGAGCACGUUGUUCGUUGGUCUGCCGCUUCUCUCUACUCUGGUGGUGCCGAUACGACUGUUUCGGCCAUUUACUCGCUUUACCUGGCCCUGACUUUGUAUCCUGAGGCUCAGAAGAAGGCCCAGGCGGAGAUUGACGCUGUCAUCGGCAACGACAGACUCCCCAACUUUGGUGACCGUGAAUCACUGCCAUAUGUCGAAGCAUUGGCCAAGGAAGUGCUGAGGUGGAACGUCGUUGUUCCUUUGGCCGUUCCCCAUCGUUCCAUCGAAGACGACAUCCACAACGGCUACUUCAUUCCCAAGGGCUCUCUGGUUAUGCCUAACAUCUGGUAUGUGUACAUGCUCCAUGACCCGCGUACAUACGCCAACCCCAUGGACUUCGAGCCCUCUCGAUUCGUCGCUGGCGUUGGCAAGGCCCCGGAGACUGAUCCCCGCACCAUUUGCUUCGGUUUCGGCAGGCGGAUCUGUCCAGGCAAGUCGCCCUCACGACGUCUGCACCUCGCUGAUUCUUCAGUCUGGAUGUCUGUCGCGAUGACCCUUGCCACCUUUGACGUAUCCAAGAUCGUUGAGAACGGCGUGGAGAUCACCCCGGAGAUUGACCCCUCUUCUGGCACCAUCAGCCACCCUAAACCCUUCCAGUGCUCGAUCAAGCCCCGCUCCGCGAAGGCUCUGGAGUUGAUCCAGCAGGAAGCAAGCUACUAA